ACACUGAACUCAAUGUAGAUAAUAAUAUAUGUAUGUGUAUUCACUUAUAUACUUAUAUGUGUCUGUGGACUGUACGUCGUUUGCUUAUCAGUCAUUUUAUUAUCAUACAAAAAUAAAUAAUAAUAUAAAUAUUAAAUUACAAUAAUUGCUCCGAUUUGGAAAUCCAUUAAUAAAUUAAAUAGAGUUCGAACGACAACGAUGGUCGGUAGAAGUGGCGGUGGCCGUGUGCGACCGGUUAUACGUAGUGCGUGUUAGACGAGACAGUCAGGCAGUAUUCCUUAAUCUAUCGUUGUGCUCCACCGUCAUUCGUCCUAAAGACUUGUUCGUAAGUCGUAUGAAAAUCCCGUGUUCCAUUGCCAUUAAUUGGCUAUCGAAAAUUUGUUAUUCACGAGGUUAGUGUUCGUGCAGUCUGUAGUUUCGUGCUCGGUAGUUAGUGUUGUAAUUUUAUGCGUUGCAUAAUUAUUCCGGUGUAGUGACGCUAUGAUCUCCGAUCCUCCUAAGUCCCGAGACUGGUGGCCAGAUUUGGAAGACUUACGACUGGCGAACACGGCUGUGGUUGUGUUAAACACAAGCAUUGAAAAUCCACCAAAGCUGGUGCGGCAUCUGUGGAAUAAUUCCUGGCUCCGAGUGACUGUCGAUGGUGGCACAAACAAAUGGCACAGUUUUGUCAAACAAAACUCAUUUGAUGACUUAAAAUUCCCCGACCUCAUAACUGGUGAUCUAGAUUCGGCCAACCCUGCUGUCGUUGAUCAGUUUGUAUCAAUGGGUUCAACAAUCAUUCCCACACCCAACCAGGAUGAGACAGACUUCACCAAAGCACUUAAAGAGGUUAAGAAAUACUCUGCAAAACAUUGUAAAUCAAUAGAUUCUAUUAUUGUUAUGGUUAACAUGUGCCAUAGGGUCGAUCAUUUCUUGUCAAAUUUAAACACUUUGUACAAAUCUAAAACUAAAGAUCUUUAUUUCGACGAAGACAUAUAUCUUCUAGGGAGAAAUUCAUUGACCUGGUUGCUCCAGGCCGGCACACAUCGUAUCCAUGUUCCUCAGUCCCUCAGGUUUCACCCAGAGAAUAAUUAUGUAGGAUUUUUUCCAAUGGGUUCGGCAUGCAACGAAUGUACAACUACAGGACUCAAAUGGAAUUUAAGUGGAAAACCUAUGGAAAUGGGAGGACUUACCAGCAGUAGUAAUACAUUCAAUGGAGAACCAAUUGUCACAAUCACCAACAGUUCUCCACUAUUGUGGACAAUGACUAUGGGCUAUGAAGAAAGUUUCUAAAUCAAGAAGAACAUUGUUAGAUUGAUAUAUUUUAUUCUAAAGUAAAAUAUUUCCUUUCCUACUGCCUGAUCACUUGUUAUUUACUCGCACAAGAACAUCAUGUAUUUCAUGAUCUACAUUGUCAGUAUGACUGCAAUAAAAUUUAGUGUUUAUUACGAAUAAUGUAUCAGUGCAAUUAAUUUUUAUAAAGUAAUAUUAUAGAAGUUUGUUAUUAUAUUUUUAGAAUUUAUUUGUGUUAGGGCCUCGAGGGUUGUUAUAUUUGAAAUAGUCUAUGCAAUAAUGUAUUUAAUUGUUGUUUUCAGUCAAAUAUAUUUAUAGACACAUAUAA